CAGGAACCAUAGACCAGGCACGCAAGCAGGAAGCCCUUUGACCUGGCUCCUUCCUCUUGCACCAGCAGCCUUGUUUUGCUAUAAUGAAAACACUUCCCCAAGUCCCUGUGGCUAAGAGAAGCAGAAGCAGCCCCAUGCAUGGGCCCUUUGUCAGGCUCCGACACCCACCGGAGAGCAGAACGGCGAGGCACAUGUGCUCCUCACCAUGCCCAUCUCCACCCGCCUGGUCCACUUGCCACCCUGCUCCCUGCUGCUGGUGCCAAUCCUGGUCUUCUCAGGAGCGUCAGAGCAGAGCAACAUGAGCGAGUGCCAGGUGCUGCAGCCCGAAGGCCCCAUCCUGGUGGCAGAAGGGGAGACCUUGCUCCUGAGGUGUGCCGUGGUUGGCUCCUGCAUGGACAAUAUGAUCAAAUGGGUCAAGGUGAGCACUCAGGAUCAGCAAGAAAUUUAUAACUUCAAACAUGGCUUCUUCCCUGGGGUGACGCCCAUGACCCAGCAGCUAUCAGAGCCACUUCAUUGCGAUUAUUCCAUCUAUAUCCACAAUGUCACCGGGGAACAUGCUGGAACCUACCACUGUGUGAGGUUUGAUGACUUGGAACUGAACGAGGGCACAUCGGUGCUUGUGAAGGGAUCUCGGGACCUCGGGCCAUACCUCCAGAUCAUCCAGCCGCAGGAGCUAGUGUGGGUCACCACUGGAGACACCAUCUCCCUGAACUGUACAGUGCUCGGGGAUGGUCCCCCCGGCCCCAUCAGAUGGUUCCGAGGGACUGGUCUGAACCGGGAGGCCAUUUACAACUUCGAAGGCAUCUCCCACCCUAAUGUGACAGCAGUUCGGGCCUCCAGCGACGACUUCAGCAUUCUCCUACAAGGCGUCUCCACUGAGGAUGCAGGCACCUACUACUGUGUGAAGUUUCAGAGGAAAUACAAUAAGCAGUUCCUAUCUGGACAGGGCACCAGGCUGAGAGUUAAAGCAAAAUCCACCUCUCUCCAAGAAGCAGAACUGGACAGUGAACAUGCAGCUGUGACAUUUCAGACAGGCCUCCUAUCUCUGCUCACACCUGUGGUCCUGGGGCUGAAGGCCGUGACCUUGGCAGCACUCAUACUGGCCCUGACAGUGCGCUUUAGGAGCUCUAGGCAAGAAGACUUCAAGACCCUAGGCCUGGCAGAGCUGUCCUAGCAUGGGGCAGAGUCUGGGGUGCCCCGACUCUUUCUCCACCUUUAAGAUUCUACCUAGAAGGUGUCCCUGAGCACUUCUGAGCUCACCCAGCCAGACCGCCUGUGCUACUCCAUGGACACCUCUCUCCCCCAUCCUCCCUUCUUUCCUCUCUCCCACACCCAUGUCUGGUUUGGGGGACGGGGGUGAUAGAAAGCAAGAGUAGCAAACUAAAGCUCUUGAAUAAUAGUUGCUUAAAUCAGGGGAAAUUGACUUCUCUAGUGCUAUCCGGCCAUAGGCAGGCCAGGUGACACAGGUGCUCCUUGAUACUGAGACUUAGAACUCUUUGAUCUUGGGGAUCAGCAAUUGGCGUAAUGGCUAUGUCGCUGGACUCCCACGUAGUCGACCAUGGUUCGAGUCCCAGACCCGGUGGCUUAAACUCACGCCAGACGCGUGUGCAUGCGUGCC